AUGUCCACACAGCAAGAGCCCAAGUCUAACCGCACGAGCGACCUGUACGAGCUCGCCGUCAACAUCUCCAGCUCGGUAGAAACCUUCAUCGGAAGGCUGGACACAAUCGGUGCCGAACGACCCAACCUAGACAACCCAUUUCCAGAGAUUAUCCAAGAUGAAGGUGCACAAUUGGCCCGGUUAAGGAUCCUUCGUCUCUGCGAACGGCUCAUGGCACUGGUCCAGGGUCCGGUUCAAUGGCUCAUGUUCCAGAAUAUGGCGUUCCUCGAUCCCGCGUGCGUCGGGGCGGUGCUGGACAUGGGGAUCCACGAGAUCAUUGCCCCUGGUCCUGAGCCGACGUCUCUCGACCAGAUUGUAGAGGCGACGGGUGCUUCGAAGGAUAUUCUGAGUAUGCAGCGCGCGCAGUCGAGUGUGUGGAGAGUCGAAGCUGACAGACCCUUAGAGCGGAUUAUGCGCGUGUGUACGCAGAGAUUGAUCUUCGAUGAGAUUGCACCGGAGCAGUUCGUUCAUAAUGGGGUGUCCUUGCAGUUCCUUGCGCCUCCUGUACAAGCGCUCAUCAGUCAUGCCUGUGACGAUGGACUGCGCAUCGCCGCGCAUUUCGCCGAGUCUCUCAAGAAGACCGAUUGGAAGGGAAGCGAGGAUCCAGAAAAUUCGGCCUUUAGCCUUGCCUUCAAAACAAACAAGGGCCUUUUCGACUACUUCUACACCGAGGAUAUCGCCCGCGGCCAGCGCUUCGCCCUCGGCAUGGCAGGCAGCGAGAUCAUGAAAACCCUCACCGAGGAUAUGUUCCCCUUCGAGUCUCUCCCGCAGGGCGCCAAGGUGGUGGAUGUGGGAGGCGGCCGGGGCCAUGUCAGCGUACGCAUUGCAGAGAAGGUCCCUGGCCUGGAUUUUGUCGUGCAGGACGACGCGUCCAUGCUAGAGGCUGGUCAGGCAGAAGGUGUCCCCAAAGCAGUCAAAGAUCGAAUCGAGUUCAUGCCGCAUGAUUUCUUCAAUGAGCAGCCGGUCAAGGGGGCGGAUGUCUAUCUCUUGCGAUUCAUCCUGCAUGAUCAUGCGGACAGUCGCUGUGCGAAAAUCUUGUCGAACAUCGUGGAUGCGAUGGAACCGGGAAAGUCGCGGAUCCUCAUUGACGAUGCGAUUGUUCCCAGCUUCUUGGGUCCGGAAAGCUCCCGGUUCUUUAACCUGCUCGAUCUCUACAUGCUUGUUGCUAUGAAUGGAAAGGAGAGGACUUUAGAGCAGUGGCGCCACUUGUUUCAGAUGGUCAGUCCCAAGUUGGCGUUGGAGAAGAUUUGGAAAACGCCAGACGGCGGGCCCGAAUCGGGAACUAUUCUAGAACUGCGACUGCAAGAGUGA